AUGCGAAUGUCCAUGAGGCAUGCCCGGCAGGUAGCCGCCGCCGCCGCCGCCGCCGCCGCCAUGCGAAGGUCCAGGGGGUUUGCCCGGCAGGUAGCCGCCGCCGCCGCCGCCAUGCGAAGGUCCAGGGGGUUUGCCCGGCAGGUAGCCGCCGCCGCCACCGCCGCCGCCGCCGCCAUGCGAAGGUCCAGGGGGUUUGCCCGGCAGGUAGCCGCCGCCGCCGCCGCCGCCGCCGCCGCCAUGCGAAGGUCCAGGGGGUUUGCCCGACAGGUAGCCGCCGCCGCCAUGCGAAGGUCCAGGGGGUUUGCCCGACAGGUAGCCGCCGCCGCCAUGCGAAGGUCCAGGGGGUUUGCCCGACAGGUAGCCGCCGCCGCCAUGCGAAGGUCCAGGGGGUUUGCCCGACAGGUAGCCGCCGCCGCCAUGCGAAGGUCCAGGGGGUUUGCCCGACAGGUAGCCGCCGCCGCCAUGCGAAGGUCCAGGGGGUUUGCCCGACAGGUAGCCGCCGCCGCCGCCGCCGCCGCCAUGCGAAGGUCCAGGGGGUUUGCCCGACAGGUAGCCGCCGCCGCCAUGCGAAGGUCCAGGGGGUUUGCCCGACAGGUAGCCGCCGCCGCCAUGCGAAGGUCCAGGGGGUUUGCCCGACAGGUAGCCGCCGCCGCCGCCGCCGCCGCCGCCAUGCGAAGGUCCAGGGGGUUUGCCCGACAGGUAGCCGCCGCCGCCGCCGCCGCCAUGCGAAGGUCCAGGGGGUUUGCCCGACAGGUAGCCGCCGCCGCCGCCGCCAUGCGAAGGUCCAGGGGGUUUGCCCGACAGGUAGCCGCCGCCGCCGCCGCCAUGCGAAGGUCCAGGGGGUUUGCCCGACAGGUAGCCACCGCCGCCGCCGCCAUGCGAAGGUCCAGGGGGUUUGCCCGACAGGUAGCCGCCGCCGCCGCCGCCAUGCGAAGGUCCAGGGGGUUUGCCCGACAGGUAGCCACCGCCGCCGCCGCCAUGCGAAGGUCCAGGGGGUUUGCCCGACAGGUAGCCACCGCCACCGCCGCCGCCGCCGCCGCCGCCGGCGCCGCCAUGCGAAGUUCCAGGGGGUUUGCCCGAUAA